UUUCAGUUUUGCUUCAUUGAUGUAGCUUUAAUAUAAAAUGCCGAAAGUGUCAAAAGUUGAGAGAAUUUUAAUUUUUAUAAUUUUACAAGGAUAAAAGUGGAGAAAAGAAGGCAGAAAUUAAAUUUCGGCCAGCGCUCUCUGCAGCCUUGCUUUGCCGUCGUUCACAGUCCGGGAUUCUCUGUUACGACUCGUGUUAAGGAAGCAUCAUGCCUCCUAAAAAAGACGCUAAGGGAGGCUCGUCGAAGCCUGUGGCUAAAAACCCAAAAAAGAAGGAAGGAGGGUCCGGAGGAAAAGCCAAAAAGAAGAAGUGGUCGAAAGGAAAAGUCCGUGACAAGCUCGACAACCAGGUGUUGUUUGAUAAUGCCACAUACGAUAAACUCCUUAAGGAAGUCCCAUCGUACAAGCUUAUCACUCCUUCAAUAAUGAGUGAAAGGCUUAAAGUCCGAGGUUCUCUCGCCAGGAAAGCACUGAGUGAACUCUUAAACAAAGGGCUCAUAAAGCUAGUUGUUAAGCACCACUCGCAAGUUAUAUAUACGAGGGCUACAAAGACCGACGACCCAGCAUAAUUGUUUAUAUUUCUAUUUAAAUAGAAACUUUUAUUAAAAAAAAUGUUUUGACUUAAUUUUUUAAAUUUACCUCCAUCUAAUAAAUGCCACAGUAUGAUAUUCUGAA